CCCACGGCCUCCUCCCCUCCGCUCCCCUCCCCCGCGUCGCCUUUCGCCGCGGCGGAGGGGGUUCGCGUCGGCGCCUCCUCUCUCUCUCUAGCCGCUCCCGAUGAAGCAGCUGCCGCCGCAGCCGCCUCCGAAGAUGGGGGAUUUCUACGAUCCCGAGCACCCGACCCCCGAAGAAGAAGAAAAUGAGGCAAAAAUUGAACAUGUGCAGAAAACUGGUUUCAUCAAAGGACCAAUCUUCAAAGGUGUUGCUUCUAGCCGAUUUUUGCCCAAAGGCACGAAGACAAAAGUUAAUUUGGAGGAACAAGGACGGCAGAAGGUGUCAUUCAGCUUCAGCCUUACAAAAAAAACUUUGCAGAAUAGAUUUCUCACUGCACUUACCAAUGAAAAGCAAAAUGAUACUCCAAACUCCCCAGGUACCCCUCUUCAAGUAGACUCAAACCCUAAAAUUAAAAUGGAAAUUGGAGAUACCUUAUCUACUACAGAAGACUCUUCCCCACCAAAAUCAAGAGUGGAAUUGGGUAGAAUUCAUUUUAAGAAGCAUCUGCUUCAUGUGACAUCCAGGCCACUGCUGGCUGCUACCACAGCAGUGGCAUCUCUACCACCUCCAACAGUACUGUCACCAGCGGUCAUAGCAGAAUCAACUACAGACUCACCACCUUCAUCCCCACCUCCACCACCUCCACCUCCUCAAGCCACAACACCCUCAUCACCAGCACCAGUAUCAGAGCCAGUGGCCAUGCCACAAACACCAGGAACAGUACUGAUGGCAGCACCAGUACCCUUACCAGUAGAUGUAGCAGUUAGAACUCAGAAAGAACCACCAGUUAAAACUGUACCAGAACCUUUAGAAGAAGAUAUUAAGCAGGAUUCUGUAUCUAAUAGCUUGGGAGAACACAUAACUCAAAAUGUGAAGGAGCAAGUAGAUAAUUCUCUGCAAAAAGAAGAUUCCCAUAUUGGGAAAGAAGAAGAAAUUCCAGAUAGUUCUAAGAUUAGCCUCAGCUCUAAAAGAACAGGUUCUAAGAAAAAAUCUUUACAGUUUGAAGGCACAUUUGGUUCAGAAUCUGAUGAGGAUUCUGUGCGGACUUCCUCCAGUCAAAGAUCGCAUGAUUUAAAAUUUUCAAGUAUUGAGAAGGAAAGAGAUUUUAAAAAGUGCUCAGCACCUUUAAAAGGUGAAGAUUUAGGGAAAUCACGAUCUAAAACAGAGAGAGAUGAUAAGUACUUUAGCUACUCAAAACUUGAAAGAGAUACCCGGUAUAUAUCUUCCCGAUGUAGGUCAGAAAGAGAGCGAAGGCGGAGCAGAUCUCGUUCUAGAUCUGAUAGAGGCUCUAGAACUAGUUUAUCCUAUUCUCGGUCAGAACGAUCUCAUUUUUAUGAUUCUGAUCGACGCUAUCAUAGGAGUUCCCCUUAUCGAGAGAGGACACGCUAUUCUCGACCAUAUAUAGAUAAUAGAGCACGGGAAAGUUCAGACUCUGAAGAUGAGUAUAAAAAGACAUAUUCAAGACGCACCUCAUCUCAUUCCUCCUCUUACAGAGACCUAAGGACAUCCUCAUCCUAUUCUAAAUUUGAUCGGGACUGUAAAACUGAGACCCCUUACUUAGAGAUGGAGAGAAGAGGAAAGUAUUCUUCAAAACUAGAAAGAGACUCCAAAAGGACUUCAGACCAUGAAGCAAUAAAAAGAUGUUCUCCCCCCAGUGAGCUGGGACUCCGAAGGGGGUCUUCAUAUGCCAAGCAUGAUAAUAGUGCUUCCCGUUAUAAAUCUGCCCUUUCAAAACCUAUAUCUAAGUCUGAUAAAUUUAAAAAUUCUUUCUGUUGUACAGAAUUAAAUGAGGAACGCAAACAGUCUCAUUCUUUUAGUUUGCAGACUCCUUGUUCAAAAGCUAAUGAAUUAAGAACAAGUAAUAAAACUUCUGAAAGAGAAAAGACUGGGUCACCAUCUCCAUCAAAUCAAUUAAAUGAUUCACCUACUUUAAAAAAGCUAGAUGAAUCACCUGUUAAUUCUGAACUUAUAGGACAUGAUAGCCAUGAUAGUAUUAAAGAAUUGGACUCUUUAUCAAAGGGGAAGAAUGAUCAGUUAAGUUUUUGUCCCAUUGAAUUAAAUGUAAAUGGCUCUCCUGGGACAGAAUCUGACGUUGUAACAUUUUGCACUUCUAAAACUCAUGCUAUUUUGAUGACUUCUGGUGAGAGUGGAUCAGAGGUCUCCCCUUUGGUCAAAACAUGUAUGCUUUCCUCAAAUGGAUUUCAGAAUAUUAGUAGAUGCAAAGAAAAAGACUUGGAUGAUAAUUGCAUGCAGCAUAGUAAGACAAAAAGUCCUUUUAGGGAAAUAGAACCUCUGGGGUUGCCACUAAUGUCUUUGCCAGUUAAGACUAUAGAUUAUUCCAAAAUAGUUAAAGAGCCAGUUGACAAAGUUUCUUGCUGCAAAACCAAAGACUUGGAUAGAUACUGUGCUGUAACUGAGAAUAACUCUUUGUGUUAUCCUGAAGCUGAAAACAUUGAGUCUUCAGUUUCAAAGAUUUCUUCAAAUAGUUUUGUGAAUGUGCAUUUAGAAACAAAAACAGUCAUAUGUGAUAAUAGAGAUCUGACAGAUUGUUCAAAAUUCACAUGUGAAGAAUUUAAUCAGAGCACUAGUUCAGCUUCAGCUAACCAUUUUGAUGAUUUAUAUGAGCCCAUAGGGAGUUCAGAUAUAGUUUCAUCUUUUCAGAGUCUUCCACCAGGAAUAAAAUAUGAGAACACAUCUCCAGUUCUAGAUGCAGCACUGAAGAGUAAAAAAAGCUCAGAGUUUCUUAACUAUACAGAAAAAGAAACUGAAGUAGAUAGUGCCUUUCCAGAUUCAGGAAAGGGAUUUGUUUCUUGGGAAAACAGGCAUAAUAAUGGAUUAUCUGAGCAGUGUUUUCAGGAGGCUCAAGAAGAAGGGAAUUCCGUAUUGUCUGAUAGAAGAGGACGACCAGAAAUCUCUCUAGAUGAAGAAGAACAAAGAGGACAUACACAUACUUCUGAUGAUUCAGAAGUUAUAUUUUCUUCUUACGAUUUGAACUUAACCAUGGAAGACAGUGAUGGUAUAACUUAUACCUUAAAAUGUGACAGUAGUGGUCCUGUUCCAGAAAUUAUCUCUAGUGUCCAUGAAGAUUUUUCUGCAUCUUCAGAAAGCUCAAGUGAUGAAAGUGAUUCUGAAGAUUCAGAAUCUGAUGACAGCAGUAUCCCUAGAAACCGUCUCCAGUCUGUUGUUGUUGUGCCAAAGAAUUCUACUUUACCGAUGGAGGAAAUGAGUCCUUGUUCUUCUCGGAGCAGUCAAAGUUACAGACAUUAUUCUGACCACUGGGAAGAAGAGAGAUUAGAGUCAAGGAGACAUUCAUAUGAGGAAAAAUUCGAGAGUGUUAAAGGUUCUCAAAAUGAAAAGUUCUUCCUUCAUAAAGGAACAGAGAAGAAUCCAGAAACUUCUUACACACAAUUCAACAGAAAACAAGUAGAUAAUCACUUGCCUGAAAUCACUCAUCAGAGUGAUGGAGUUGAUAGUACAAGUCAUACAGACAUGAAAUCUGACCCUCCAGGUCACCUUAUUUCAGAGGAAAAAGUAAAAGCCAAACCAUCUAGGCUACAAGACCUAACAAUGUAUUCUGAUGAUUUUGAAGAUAUUCCAAAUAAGUCUCGACAACACAUUUUUUCUAGCAGGCCAGAUAGUAGUAGAUUAGGAAAAACAGAGCUGAAUUUUACAUCCUAUGAUAUGUCCUGCAUGGAUGGUUUGCACUCCUCUGAAGAGCUCAGAAAUCUAGGGUGGGACUUCUCUCAGCAAGAAAGGCCAUCUACCACAUACCAACAACCUGACAGUAGCUAUGGAGCCUGUGGUGCAGACAAGUAUCAACACAGUGCCGAACAGUAUGGUGGAACUUCUAAUUACUGGCAAGACAAUGGCUACUGGGAUCCAAGAUCAGCAGGUAGACCUCCUGGAACUGGGAUUGCUUAUGAUCGAAUUCAAGGGCAGGUACCAGAUUCUCUAACGGAUGACCGUGAAGAAGAGAGCUGGGAUCAACAAGGUGGCUCCCACUUUUCAAACCAGUCCAGUAAGUUCCUCUCCCUUCUGAAGGACAAGGGGUCAGUUCAAACACAUGAAAUAAGUAGCAAUUCCAUCAAGGACUCUCUAACUGUGAAUGAAAGAAAAGAUUUUUCAAAAAAUUUGGAAAAAAAUGAAAUCAAAGAUAAAGGGCCUCUUAAAAAACGAAGGCAAGAAUUGGAGAGUGAUUCUGAAAGUGAUAGUGAGCUACAUGAUAGAAAGAAAGUGAGAAUGGAGACAGAGCAUGGAGAGACUUCAGUGCCUACACACUCAGAGUUGAUUGGGCCUUCCUGUGUUAUGGAUGACUUCAGGGACCCACAGCGAUGGAAGGAAUGUGCCAAGCAGGGAAAGAUGCCUUGUUACUUUGAUCUUAUUGAAGAAAAUGUUUAUUUAACAGAAAGAAAGAAAAAUAAAUCACAUCGGGAUAUUAAGCGAAUGCAGUGUGAGUGUACACCUCUUUCCAAAGAUGAAAGAGCUCAAGGUGAAAUAGCAUGUGGAGAAGAUUGUCUUAAUCGUCUUCUUAUGAUUGAAUGUUCUUCUCGAUGUCCAAAUGGGGAUUAUUGUUCUAACAGAAGGUUUCAGAGGAAACAACAUGCAGAUGUAGAAGUUAUACUUACAGAAAAAAAAGGCUGGGGCCUAAGAGCUGCCAAAGAUCUUCCUUCGAACACCUUUGUCUUAGAAUAUUGUGGAGAAGUACUUGAUCAUAAAGAGUUUAAAGCCAGGGUAAAGGAGUAUGCACGAAACAAAAACAUCCAUUACUAUUUUAUGGCUUUGAAGAAUGAUGAGAUAAUAGAUGCCACUCAGAAAGGAAAUUGCUCUCGUUUCAUGAAUCACAGCUGUGAGCCAAACUGUGAAACCCAAAAAUGGACUGUGAAUGGACAACUGAGGGUUGGCUUUUUUACCACCAAACUGGUUCCUUCAGGCUCAGAGUUAACAUUUGACUAUCAGUUCCAAAGAUACGGAAAAGAAGCUCAGAAAUGUUUCUGUGGGUCAUCUAAUUGCCGGGGUUACCUGGGAGGAGAAAAUAGAGUCAGCAUAAGAGCAGCAGGAGGGAAAAUGAAAAAGGAACGAUCUCGCAAGAAGGAUUCAGUAGAUGGAGAGCUAGAAGCAUUGAUGGAAAAUGGUGAAGGCCUAUCUGAUAAAAACCAAGUGCUCAGUUUAUCCCGGCUUAUGGUUAGAAUUGAAACUUUGGAGCAGAAGCUUACCUGUCUCAAGCUCAUUCAGAAUACACACUCGCAAUCCUGUCUGAAGUCCUUUCUGGAACGUCAUGGGUUGUCUUUAUUGUGGAUUUGGAUGGCGGAGCUUGGUGAUGGCCGAGAAAGUAACCAGAAUCUUCAGGAAGAGAUUAUAAAGACUUUGGAACAUUUGCCCAUUCCUACUAAAAAUAUGUUGGAGGAAAGCAAAGUCCUUCCAAUUAUUCAACGUUGGUCUCAGACUAAGAUUGCUGUACCUCAGUUAAGUGAAGGAGAUGGAUAUUCUAGUGAGAAUACAUCACGUGCUCAUACACCACUUAAUACACCUGAUCCUUCCACCAAGUUGAGCACAGAAGUGGAUACAGAUACUCCCAAAAAACUCAUGUUUCGCCGACUUAAAAUUAUAAGUGAAAAUAGCAUGGAUAGUGCAAUAUCUGAUGUGACCAGUGAGCUAGAAUGCAAGGAUGGCAAAGAGGACCUUGAUCAGUUAGAAAAUAUCACCGUAGAGGAAGAAGAAGAAGAGUUGCAGCUACCCUCACAACAGCUGCCUGAAUCCAAAGUUGAAAAUGAGACCACCAUAGAGGCCAGUAAGCUACCCACAUCUGAACCAGAGGCUGACACUGAGAUAGAGCCCAAAGAUGGCAGCUGUACAAAACUAGAAGAAACCAUUGUUGAGGAAACACCAUCCCAAGAUGAAGAAGAGGGUGUGUCUGAUGUGGAAAGUGAGAGAAGCCAAGAACAUCCAGAUAAAACGGUGGACAUAAGUGAUUUGGCCACUAAGCUACUGGACAGUUGGAAGGACCUGAAGGAGGUAUAUCGAAUUCCAAAGAAAAGUCAAACCGAAAAGGAGAGCGCUGUAACUGAACGAGGAAGGGAUGCUGUUGCCAUCAGAGAUCAAUCAACAGCCCCAAAGACUCCAAACAGAUCAAGAGAGAGAGAUCCAGACAAGCAAACUCAACAUAAAGAGAAAAGAAAACGGAGGGGCUCUCUAUCACCACCACCUUCUGCCUAUGAACGGGGGACAAAAAGACCAGAUGACAGAUAUGAUACACCAACUUCUAAAAAGAAAGUGCGGAUUAAAGAUAGAAAUAAACUUUCUACAGAGGAGCGCCGGAAAUUGUUUGAGCAAGAGGUAGCCCAGCGGGAGGCUCAAAAGCAACAGCAGCAGAUGCAGAACCUGGGAAUGACAUCACCACUGCCCUAUGACUCUCUUGGUUAUAAUGCCGCCCAUCACGCCUUUGCUGGCUAUCCACCAGGUUAUCCCAUGCAGGCCUACGUGGAUCCUAGUAACCCUAAUGCCGGAAAGGUGCUCCUGCCCACGCCUAGCAUGGACCCCGUAUGCUCUCCUGCUCCUUAUGAUCAUGCUCAGCCCUUAGUGGGACAUUCUACAGAAUCACUUGCUGCUCCUCCAUCAGUACCAGUGGUACCACAUGUGGCAGCCCCUGUGGAAGUUUCUAGUUCACAAUAUGUAGCCCAGAAUGAAAAUGUGGUACACCAAGACUCUAGUGUUGCUGUAAUGCCAGUACCAGCUCCAGGCCCAGUCCAAGGACAGAAUUAUAGUGUGUGGGAUUCAAGUCAACAACCUGUCAGUGUACAACAGCAGUACUCUCCUGCACAGUCUCAAGCAACCAUAUACUAUCAAGGACAGACAUGUCCAACAGUUUAUGGAGUGACAUCACCAUAUUCACAGACAACUCCACCAAUUGUACAGGGUUAUGCCCAGCCAAGUCUUCAGUAUAUACAGGGACAGCAGAUUUUCACAGCGCACCCACAAGGAGUGGUGGUACAGCCAACCGCAGCUGUGACUACAAUAGUUGCACCAGGCCAGCCCCAGUCCUUACAGCCACCUGAAAUGGUUGUAACAAACAAUCUUCUGGAUCUGCCACCCCCCUCGCCUCCUAAACCAAAAACCAUUGUCUUACCUCCCAACUGGAAGACAGCACGAGAUCCAGAAGGGAAAAUUUACUACUACCAUGUGAUUACAAGGCAGACUCAGUGGGAUCCUCCUACUUGGGAAAGCCCAGGAGAUGAUGCCAGCCUUGAACAUGAAGCUGAGAUGGACCUGGGAACCCCAACUUAUGAUGAAAAUCCCAUGAAGAUUGGGAUCCCAACCCAUGGGAUGGUACCACCCUCAUUCAGGACUUCGAAAAAGCCCAAGACAGCAGAAGCGGACACCUCCAGUGAGCUGGCUAAGAAAAGCAAAGAAGUAUUCAGAAAAGAGAUGUCUCAGUUCAUUGUCCAGUGCCUGAAUCCUUACCGGAAACCUGACUGCAAAGUGGGUAGAAUCACAACAACUGAAGAUUUCAAACACCUUGCUCGCAAGCUGACGCAUGGUGUUAUGAAUAAGGAGCUGAAGUACUGUAAGAACCCGGAGGACCUGGAGUGCAAUGAGAACGUGAAACACAAAACCAAGGAAUACAUCAAGAAGUACAUGCAGAAGUUUGGAGCUGUUUACAGACCUAAAGAGGACACUGAAUUAGAGUGACUGAAGGGGCCAGGGUAGGAGGCAAAGUGAUCAGAUAGAACUAAUUCAGGAAAGAAGAAAUCCUGUGGCCUCUGCCCUACCCCUUGGCCAGGGUUGUGCUACUGAUGACCCAUCAUCCUGGGCAGUUCAAGUCUGCAAACGUUAGCUGUACACCACAAAAAAGAGCUCCAUCUACAAGUGACCCCCUGGUUGUGAGCUGUUGGGGUGUACAGUUACAGGUCACCAGAGGCCAUAGCCUAGGGAAGACCCAGGCCAUGCCUGACCCCACUCUGGAACUGGGGUCUCCCCCUUGGCGGUGCUGUCAGCGCACAGACCCAUGCGCAUCCCCCCAAGACCCUUUACCCUGAGGAGCUGUAUUAUAUUUUAAUGUAUAUGUGAAUAUAUUGAAAAUAAUUUGUUUUUUUUUUUCCUUGGUUUUUGUUUUUUGUUUUGCUGUUAGCCUCUAUGUGCUAGGAUCACAGAAAGACUUUGUAAGGAUGCUAUAAAUUCUCCUGCAAGGUUUAAUUUGAUAUCAUGUAAAUAUUCCAAAGCAGGCUGACUUGUGGUUUUGGCCAGCCUUGUGCUAUGUUGAUAAGAUUGAUUUACUGCUUAAGAUCACUUUACUUUAUCCAAUUUUUACUGAACUUUUUAUGUAAAAAAUAAAAUCAAUUAAGGAACUUGAUAUGUGUGUUCCCUAAAACUUAAA